UCUCACAAGUCCCACAUGCAGGCAAACAAAAGAUGACUUAAGUAGCCAUCAUUCAGGGACCCGAGCUCUGGGAAAGCAAAUGAUGCUGACUGGGCAAAACUGUCCAAACAGAUAAGAUGGAAAACAAAAUGCAGUCAAAGCUCUAACUCUGCAGUGUCACAGAAGCUACAGAGGAAAAACUUCCUUUUUUUUUCUCCUCUUUUUGAUGGUUGGCGCUCACCAUGAAGUACAGGACAGUGGUGAUGUACACAGAAAUUGGCUGCUUUGUGUCCUGCCUUUGCGGCUGGAUCCUGGUGUGCUCUACCCUUCCCACAGAGUACUGGACCUUCUCUGAGGUGGGCAGCAUUGUCCUGACCACCUCCAACUACUACUCCAACCUGUGGAGGGACUGCAUCUCAGACACCACAGGGGUGUCCGACUGCAAAGAUUACCCUUCCAUGCUGGCCCUGCCUGGUAAGAUACUGGCAACAAAUCACAUAUCGGCGUUCCUGCAUGCAUGUAGGGCAUUGGCAGUCUCCGCGGUCAUCACUGGCUUCUUUGGUGGCGUCCUCACUCUCAUUGGCAUGAAGUGCACUAAAAUAGGGGGAUCAGAGCUUGCAAAUUCAAGAGUGACCUUUGCAGGUGGAAUCACCUAUCUUGCCUCAGAGAAAUGGGCUAUUUUUGUGCUAGGCUUCUGUGGUAUGAUCACUUACUCCUGGUGGGCCAACAGGGUGAUCACAGAAUUCCUCGACCCAAAUUUCAGGGCACAGAAAUUUGAGCUUGGAGCUGCAGUUUUCAUAGGCUGGGGGGGCUCCGUCCUUUUGCUCUCCGGUGGUACAGUGUUGACUUACUUCUCUGGAAAAGAAGGUCUUCCAUCAAGUUCCUCAAACCGACCACGGAGACCAGCCACGUAUGCCACCGCCCGCACCCGAAAGACAUAUAUGCUCCCACCUACAUCUUCCAGGGUCACUCUGGGGCCACCGCUGUUUUAUGAGGGUAGGAAGAGUGGACAAGGCAGAGCGGUAACAAAGACAACUGCCACCUUCAGCAGGGAUGACUUUGUCUGAGCAAAAUGUAUUACUAUACGUAUGGCGGUCUUGUAUUGAGGAAAGACCAGAAGGAUUGGCCAUUUUAAUAAACAAAAGAAAUAUCGAGCUAAAUUUCAUUUCAGUCACCGUGUCCAAAUAGAAAGACAAAAAAGAUUUCCCUCUAACAUGAGUCAGCGCUUUAUUGUAAUACACCAUAUUAAAAUGUUUGUUGUAAUAAUAUGUACUGUGUAACCCAAAUAGUCUAAACAGUGUUGUGAUUAAUGUUUCAUUUGUGGAAUAGAAAUUCAACUUGCAAAAUCCACCUGUUUUUAUCCAUCUCACUUGCUGUUGACUAAAAAUGACAUCACAGUUGUCAGGUCGUCGGCACAACUAAUCACGACCAACCAGUUUUCUGAAGCUGAGCUGUGACUGGUUUGUCUCUCCUGUCCCCUGAUGUCAAACCCUGCGGUUUGUCACAUUCAAUUGUGAAAAUUCCCUUUUCAGAUUUUUAUGUAACAUACCCAGUUUCUUUUCGGCACAAGCUAGUGGAUUCUUGCCGCGACCUGUAAAUGCACGUUACAAUCAGCAGCCCGCAGCUUUUCCCCAUUUAUAUCCUGCCAUGCAAUUACUGACCUUCUGCUCCGUAGGACAGCAGAAUAUUAUGCUUUAAAAAUUACAAUAUUGUUAUGAAAAUCAUUAUUGCUUGUGUUUUUUUGUUUUUGUUUAAAUGUUUAUAUUGUUGACGUUGUACAGUACUUUGUUUCAGCUGUGGUUGGUUUUAUGAGUGUGCUAUAAAGAUACAUUUCUUUCUCAAA